AAGCCUAUGCUUCGUCAAACUCUUGUAACUUUGAGUAGAUUACGAGGCUUAUCCAACCAUCAGUUACUGCAGAAAUGAAUCAUGACCUAUGUUGUUCUGUCUUAGAUGAUGAAAUUCGCUCCAUUGUGUUCCAACUAGGAGCGUUUAAGGCUCCAGGAGUGGAUGGAUUCUCAGGAUGCUUCUACCAACAACACUGGGAUAUGGUUGGCCCUGAUUCUGCAUUUAUACCUGGUCGAGCCAUCCAGGACAAUAUCUUGAUUGCACACGAAGCCUUUCACGGGCUGCAACUUAAGAAAUCUGGUAAGCCUAAUGUGUUGGCUUUGAAAUUAGAUAUUCGCAAAGCUUAUGAUAGUGUUGAUUGGCACUGUUUGGAAAGUAUAUUGAAAGCUCAUGGCUUCUGCGAGAAAUGGACCCAGAUGGAAUUAUCUCAUAAUCAUCAAGAUCUACUGGCUCCACCGACUAGAACCCAACCACCUAAACAACAGCUAAAAUCAUCAUGGUUGAAGCUGCCAAACGGUAUCAUCAAGAUUAAUAUAGACGCGUCAUUCUCACCAAACUCGGGGGUAGCUGCCCUGGCCAUGGUAGGACGCAACUCGAAUGGGGAAAUCUGCUAUAGAAAGACUUGGAGUGGCAUGGCAUUGACGCCACUAAUGGCAGAAGCUGACGCUCUCCUUAAAGCCGUCCUUUUUGCUGAAGAUAAUGGGAUUCAGGAUGCUAUCUUUGAAUCGGACAACCAGGUGCUCAUCUCGUCUAUCCACCAACCUUUUCAGCCUUUACCGUGGGAGGCUAGAUCACUUAUCAUACGUAUUAGACAAUCUAAUGUAAGGAAUCCUGGCUUUAGUUUCAGUUUUGUACCACGGACAGGCAACCAAGUUGCAGACUGGGUUGCCCGUUCAUCUCUUCAUGGGCAAUGCCCCUCCUACUGGGCACAUUGUCCACCUAAUAUCCUCUUGCACUUGCUAUGUAAGGAUGUUAAUAAUAAUUAAUUACAUUACCCAUGUUCAAAAAAAAAAAAAGAUUAUUAUUUUGAGAUAAAUUUUUAAUUAAAAAAUUUUAUAGUU